UGACGCUCUCAUCUUUGUGCAUAUUUGUUUCCUAUUUAAUAAUGGAUGCACUACGUGUUUUUUAACGUACAAGCUAUUAGAUAUUGGAUAUCAAUCUUGAGAGAGAUACCGCGGCGUAAUGGAUAAAAACGGCUCUCUCGCGCGGCUAUCCUGGGUGCUUUUUGUCUGCGCGCAUUUACUCCAGAGCGCAUCAGGGCAGGUCCGUUACUCCGUGCCUGAGGAAAUGCCUCCCGGUUCUUUUGUCGGAGACAUCGUGAAAGAUCUGGGUCUGGAACCUAAACGCUUGACCACGGGUAAGGCUCGGAUCUUCACAGCAAGUGGGCGUGAGUAUGUGGAGCUGGAUAGGGACAAAGGACAUAUCAUCGUGAAGGAGAGAAUGGAUCGCGAGCUCCUCUGCUCGAGCGCCAUGUCUACGUGCAGCAUCAGCUUCGAGAUUAUUCUGGAGAAUCCCAUAGAGCUCUAUAGGGUCACCGUGGAGAUAUUAGAUGUUAACGAUAACAGUCCUGCAUUUCCACGGGGAGAGAUUAAGCUGGAAAUAAGCGAGUCAGCCUCUGUUGGCGCGCGCUUUUCCGUGGACAGUGCGCUCGACCCUGAUGUGGGAUUGAACGGCAUUCAGAGCUACUCUAUUCACCCCACUGACCACUUCAGCCUGAAAACACAGAGCCGCGCGGGUAGUGGUAAAAACGUUGAACUUGUUCUGCAGUCCCAGUUGGACAGAGAGAAAGAAGAACAGCUGUAUCUAACGAUAACUGCUACUGAUGGAGGCAACCCUAAACGCUCUGGUACUGUAAAAAUCCAUAUUGUUGUUUUAGAUAGCAAUGACAAUGCCCCUCUAUUCCCAAAGCAUUCUUAUAGGGUCUCUGUGCCUGAAAACACAGCACAGGGAGCAUUACUGCUUACAGUGAACGCUACUGAUGCAGAUACCGUCUCUAAUGCACACGUUGGUUAUUACUUUGAACACACAACGCCUAAAAUCAGAGACCUAUUUUCCAUUGAUGCAUCCACUGGUGAGAUUAGGCUCGCUGGGGAGCUUGACUUUGAAGAGGCCACUGUUCAUGAGUUUAAAAUUCAAGCAAAGGACCAGGGGGGUUUAUCUGAUUCCGCUGAGGUGGUCAUAGAAGUGACUGAUGUAAAUGAUAAUACACCUAAAAUCACGCUAAUGUCCUUUUCCAAUACACUGCCCGAAAACUCGCCCCCAGGCACCGUUGUAGCAAUGAUCAAUGUGCAAGACAGCGAUUCUGAGGAAAACGGAAAGGUUACCUGUUCGAUUGACAGAAGCCUGCCAUUCAGGACUGAAUCAUCUCUGAACAAUUACUACAGCAUAGUGACCGACUCCAGCCUAGACAGAGAGCAAAUGGCAGAAUAUAACAUUACAAUUACAGCAAAAGAUGGCGGUCGCCCGCCUUUGUCUACUACAAAAACAUUGUCAGUGAAGAUUUCAGACAUAAACGAUCAUUCGCCUCAGUUUGAACACGAGACAUAUACUGCGUACGUGACGGAGAAUAACUCUCCCUCUUUGUCUUUGCUCAGCGUAAAGGCGAAUGACGCAGACUUGGGGGCGAACGCGCGUAUUUCUUACUUCAUUAUCGAUAAAGAUUUAAACGGAGCGCUUACAUCCUCUUUAGUGUCGAUUGAUGCGGGGAGUGGGAUGAUUUACGCACUGAAGUCCUUCGAUUACGAGCAAAUAAAGUCAUUCAGCGUUACUGUUAAAGCGCAAGAUGGCGGUUCACCUCCUCUCAGCGCCAACGCCACCGUGAACUUUAUCAUUCAGGACCAGAACGACAACGCGCCUCAGGUUCUGUACCCAGUCCAGACUGGGGGCUCUGUGGUGGCUGAAAUGGUGCCUCGCUCAGCAGAUGUGGGCUAUCUCGUGACUAAAGUGGUGGCUGUUGAUGUGGACUCUGGACAGAAUGCCUGGCUCUCAUAUAAACUGCAGAAAGCCACAGACAGGGCGCUGUUUGAAGUGGGCGCACAGAAUGGAGAAAUAAGAACUGUGCGCCAAGUGACCGAUAAAGAUGCUGUGAAGCAGAAGCUCACUGUUGUAGUGGAGGACAACGGGCAGCCCUCUCGUUCAGCUACGGUCAAUAUUAACGUGGCGGUGGCGGACAGUUUCCCUGAAGUGCUCUCGGAGUUCACUGACUUUACGCACGACAAGGAUUACAACGACAACCUGACUUUCUAUCUAGUCUUGGCCUUGGCUGUAGUUUCAUUUCUCUUUAUCGUCUCCAUCAUAGCCAUACUGUCAGUCAAAUGCUACAGAUGGAGACGUGAGCGGAUGUUUUAUAAAUCAGGUGCCAAUCUGCCAGUUAUUCCAUAUUAUCCACCCCUUUACGCAGACGUAGGAGGGACGGGGACUUUACAGCAUGUGUAUAACUACGAGCUGUGUGGGACAGCUGACUCCAGGAAGAGCGACAUGAAAUUCGUACGUUCUUCCAGUCAGAGUGUCUUGAGUGUUGACCUCGGUGGCACGAGGACUGUGCCUAGGCAAAACAAACACGCGGUUGACCCGGAUGUUGAUGCCGAGGUAUGUAUUGGUUUUGCAAGGGGUACUUGAGCUUAACAUAGGUAUGCAUAUAGAAUUCCUUAAAAAGUAAAAUGACAACUUAAUUCCAUGUAUUGCUGAGACCCAAUAUGAUAUAAAGAAGCAAAACAAAAAUAAGGAGAAAGGGGAAAGAGAGAGAGAUACAGGACGAGAGCUGCAUCAGUGUACUCUGAGUAAUACUUCCAUAUAGUGUUAAUGUUGAUGGCGAGAGAGAGAAAGAGCACAUACUGAUUUAUACUGUGUACCAGUGAUCUCUACAGCUACUGCAGUGAGAUGCUGGUGCAGCCAUUUUGAGCAGUAUGGCCUCAUUCCCUGCACCUGCGUAGCAAGGCAUGGGUGGGCUGAGAUGGAUCCAAACAGAAGAGAUGGAGACAGAGGGGUGGGAGGAACAGUUUGAGCGAGGUUAUCUUUUCUCACUAUCUGUUCACCUCUGCAGGCCUGGUUCCAAAGGGGUGCAAAAGCAUGCACUGCACUCUCGGUUUAAAUUUUUUCACCCUUAGUUGUGCUCUGGGAAAAUGCAUUUAGACGCCCUAACUUCUAUUUAAAACCAGUGCCAUAGCGUGCAGAUUUGUAAGUACGUGGAAGGGCACUGGCAGUGUGAUAUGAAGGUGAAAUAAUAUAUAUGAAUAUGUUUGGUAAAGCUUGAAACAUAUAUUCACUGCAAAUGAUGUGCUGCAGUUAGCGUCCUUGUUAGCAUGCUGGAUGUUUGCUAAUGUCAGGUUAAGGACUUUUGCAAGUGCAUACUGGUGUUCCUGAGUGAGUUUGGCUGAAUUAAGAUGAGCAUCCUGGGAGCUGCUCUAUUCUGGGAGAAAGAGGAUGACUCAGGCCUGUUCGUGCAAAUCUGCGUUUCACCACCCUGCGCUCUCUCUCUCUCUCUCUCUCUCUGUCUCUCUCUCUCUCAAAUCUAACUUAACUGGCAAGUAGGCCUUUCACAGACAUGUGCUUAUUUAAAAAAAAAAAAUACUUUUCAAAGAGAAUUCAUACUAUUACAUUGUUAUUCUUUUGAAGCACCCCUUAAAAUACCUUUUCAACUUGUGAUAAUCUCCAUGAUUUAGCAGUUAGCGCAAGCGAUAUUCCAGUUAGUCUAUGGGCUUUUUAUUUUUCAGUCACAUGAUCAUUUUGUUUUUUGUAUUUUUUAAUAACCACACGCUACAGGUACAUUUCUUCAAGGUAUAAACAAUGUAAAUGUACCUUCA